UACAUUGGCAGAGGUUGUUGGACUCCCUUAAGUCACCCUGGAGCUCAGCACUCGUGCAUUGCCCACCAACACCAUGACUGACUGACAUGUUUAUAUAGGUGUUCUGUGCAAUGGCUGCCACCGUCACUUGCGUCAGUGUUCUCCGUCAGUGGGACCGGAGAACUUCAGGUCAAAGACUGGCUGUCCUCCUAUGAAUGUGUAAGCACUCACAAUAAGUGGGACGACCACACAAAACUUCUUAUUUUACCUUUCUGAUGUUCAAAACCUGUAGUUUAUGAACCACAAAUCAUCUGAAGUUGGUCUGUGUUCAAAACACAUUUCACCGAAGUGUUUGGCCUGUUUUUGGACUGUUUGGCCACUGUAUACCCACAAGCUAUGCAAUGAACAGUGCGUAUGCCAGUGCACACAGCAGCCUGGCGAGUCUUUUCCCAGCUAUAUUGAGGAUGCAUUGGAUCUUUGCAGCAGUGUUAAUCCAACUAUGACCGAGGAUGAGAAGAUCAAAUGUAUUCUGAAGGAUAUUGAGGAUGACUCGGUUCCAAUGCUGCUUGCCAGGAGUCCAUUCAGUGUCGCCAUUCUCUUUAACCUAUGUCAGAGUUUCGAUGAAUUGCGCUGCCAGCAUAACUUCGGCCACCAAAAGGGGCCGCAGGCUUACUCCGUCCCGCGGCCAUUGCAGUUGCCGCUGGCCAUGCCGAUCCUUCUGCUCUUGUACUUCAGCUGAAGGAUUUAUUUUGAGAGGAAGUGGCCCACCAGUUAUUGCUGCUCCCUCAAAGCCAGAAGCCUGCCCAACCACUGACUCUGCCCAUGCAAUAAGCCAUCCGUGCCCAGAUAUCUGACGCACUUCCCCCCAUUCGGCCACUAAGCUUCUGUGACGGCACCGCUCUCCUAUGCCGACUACCCGCUUCUUUCACAUCUCUGAUGGCACCGUUAUGGUCCCUAGAAUAUAGGCUAGUCUGCACCAUAGAGACUGGGCGAGACGCUUCAUGAGUGAAGGUGCAGGGGGUGCUGCAAGCAGUCUUACUGCUACGCACUUUGCUGUCGUCUGCUUGGCUGUCUGCAUGCACCGCAGCGGCUUGGUGCAGGAGGUUUACAACCUCUUCCGAGUCUCCGGUUUUCAAGCGAAGGUUGUAUUGGUUUACAAGUUUUAGUGGCGCUGUCGUGGUCACGCAAAAAAAAAAAACUGUUGCUCCCAGAGCAGAGCACCUGUGCGAACGUGCACACAAUAGGGCGGUUUGCCGAGCUGACAGCUGCGCCGGCGCUGGAGUGAGUAAUUAGCAAGAAUUCCAGCUGCAUCGGCGCGCGCAACCAAUCGGAGCCGUUUCGCUUCCGCUGGGAAGGGAGAGCACAGGAAAGGGGUUCGCGCGCGCUGCGCCGGCAUCGUGUCCGUUCAGUUCGGUAUCGGAAAACGGAUGGGACGGCCACGCAUUGUGCGUUCCCCCGAGGAACAGGCAGCCUUCAACGAACGACGGCGAGCACUGGCCCGUGAAAGGGCUCGCCGUCGGCGUGCUGAUCCAGCCGUUAGAGCCGCCCGAGCCCAGGCAAUGCGACAGCAACGAGAGGAAGAUCCCGAGCUGAGGGAGCGGGAGGCCGAAGCAAUCCGAAGACGACGAGCGGCAAACCCCGAGCUCAGAAAACGGGAGGCCGAGAGGAAACGCCGGAGAAGAGUUGUCGAUCCCGAGUACAGGGAACGGGAUGUCCAAGCGAAACGGCAGCGACGAGCUAACGACCCCGAGUAUCGGGCCAGGGAAUCGGAGCGUCUUCAACAGCGUCGCCUCGGUACCCCACAAGCAGCCAGCACCAGUGCCGACAACGGUGGUGAACCGACAACGAAACGGUUCGAACGUCAGUUUCUCGCCCGUACGUUCGGAACGUCUUGCACAGUUUGUGACCGACUCUGGUUUGAUAACACCGUGACACUCGUUACGGGAAUCCGUUCUCCGGAAAAGCGCGACAACGCCUUCGAAGUGCUACGCGAACAUUACCCCAACGUAGACCAAGUUUGCUCCACCUGCAAAGACGCUGUAACCAGAGGAGUGCUCCCCGCAUACAGCACUGUAAACGGUUUGAUCAUGGAUGCCGAGUUCAUCGCCAUGCACUCACUGGGAACAAUACCUUCCGAACAUACACGCGAUGGCAUCAGGUUCAUUCUGUUUAUGCUGGCAAUACAAAGUGGACGCUUCUUUGAUAUCCCAGCAGCGUUGUCCAUGAAGUCGCUACGGCUGAAGAUGCACCUCACGCUUGCCAGUGUCUCUUGGCGUGUGCAAACGAAACUCGCUCUUGAUGCCGGACCACCACCUUCGAGAUCUGGCUGUGUGGCAAAAGCCUUUCCUCAACCAGGGCCCAAUCACUGCCGCAAACAGGCAAUGAUUUUUGCAGCCCAGUACAGCAGAGUGAUAGUCUGUCAACCUUGACUCAUCUGAUAUCGAAGAAAUCCCAGACAGAACACGUUAGAAUUGCACUAAUUUCACAAUUAAACUGCUACCUUUCCAAGCUGCCGCUGAGAGAAAACAGAAUCCGCAUAUACCAGUGCGAGGAGACAAGCGGCACAUUGUAUCGAGGCUACAUUCCUCCUCGCCAAUAAAAUGGUCUAUAGCUACAUGCAAGAUAUUCUUACCUGCACAAUACAUGUAUAUAUACUUCUGCUUGUCUGUCACCAAGGGCUGCAGCAUAAGCACUUUUACAGCUUUCAGUCGUGCAACUGAGACGUUUAUCGGCUGGAGAGGGUCACGGUGAGAGGAGCAUGAAAUUUCUGAACUCUGCCAAUGCAUCAUUCGAAUGCCUUCGAAAAGAGCCAUUUUCGAAAAGGCAAAAAAAAAAAAGACACAUAGGAUUUUUGGCAGCUAGAGGCUGUCAAACAGCUGCACAAGGUCGAACGGACAUCCACCACAUCGUGCCAUUGAAGAUAUACCCGAUGCAAUCGCAGGGCAAAGCAACCACUUCGUCCUGUUGCAGCCACCCUGAGCAGCGAAAAAGCAAUCUGAGAGUUGUGCAACGCAUCUCAGUUUCAGAUCCAGCAAAAGCUUAAACCCAUACGUAGCAGCCAUAGUGGUCGUAGAGCGCGCAGUGAAAAAAAGCUAUCUGAGAGUUAUGCGACACGUCUCAGUUUCAGAUUCAGAGAAAGCUUCAACCCGUACGUAGCAUCCAUAGUGUGUGCAGCGAAAAAGGCUAUCUAAGAGUUGUGCAAUGUGUCACAAACGUAAACAUGCAUGCAGCAAAUUGUUCCCGAAGGUAUACCUGUUGCAACCUGAAGCAAAGCAAGUCGAAGCAAUUGCUUUUGUCCUGUUGCAGCUAUUGCGCACAAUAAUGUUCUGCCGCGUAUCCCAAAAAGCUAGAUCCCAGGCGUACCAGCCACAGCGCGCGAAGCGAAAGAAAGCGCUUCGUACCGUUGGAAAAUAGGGCCCACAAGUAGAAAUCAAAGCCAAAGCCUGCGGGUUAUGCAGCAACCUUACGGUACUAUCUGGAGGCGAGAAAGUGCGCAUGCGUUGGGCUCCUGCCACAGGUGUAUUGGGCGCUUGAUUCACGGAAUCAGACAGUUCGGUAAAGGGCAGAUAGUGAAUGUUCCCAUCACUGUUCAACGUACUGUGUACUGUGUUCCUUGGAACAUCAGUGACAGCCCAGUCAUAAUGGCACACAUUGAAAGGCGGAUACUCGCCAAACCAACUUACAUACAUGGGGUUGUCAAAAAAAUGACCAACCUUUGCCCUACCAGAAAAUGGGGGUAAGCAGAGCUUGUCCUGUGUGCACCUGACCUUCAUCACGAUUAAGUAACCCACCGGUAAUGGGUAAAAAACAUAAACGUGACACAGAAGGUAUGUAUCAGGGAAGGAAAACAUUCACACAAGGGAAAGGAAGAAGUAACGAAAAGUAGUGUGCAAGGGAAGGUCAGGUGCACCCAGGGCAAGCUUCCGUUACCCCCAUUUUCCAGUAGGGAAAGGGUUGGUCAUUUCUUGUCAGGAAUGUUGUGGCAUGCCAAGAUGUGCAUGGCAUUAUUUCAUGAAGUCUCUCACAGCAAAGAAUGAAAAGCUAAAACAUUUGAAAAUGAGAAGAUGCAAAUAAUUGCAUUUCACCAAUUGCAUCACUUCGGGGACGCACACUCGGGGCCCUGUAAUUGUCUUUUUUUUCUAUAAUUGAUUUAUUAAAAAAUAAAUGUUUUUCUUCUUAUUCACAAACCUCGUGCGAUAUCAUUGGAUGUUGUGUGCCGUAAUUUGUUUACACUGUUUUCUAAAAGUUCUUCUUUCUUCUCUUUAUAAUUUGUUUUGACUGUGUGCUUGAUUACAUAUGUGCUCGAUAUUUGCAUGGGAUUAUCGCGGAGUGGAAUGUGCUUCCACAAUUUUAUCUAAUGUCGAAGCAUAUUCGGAUGCUCUUGUGUGAUAUUAACUUUACAUGUCACGUCAUUUCCUUGCAUCAGCGGUGCAUGCUUUGAAAAUGAUCUUCUUUCUUGUUUUCUUUACUUUUGCUGUUUGCAGUUUGGUCUAUCAAGAUCAAAUAUCAAGACAUAAUGUCCUGAUAUUUCUCCUCACUGUCUUUGCUCACCCUUAACCGGAAGUGCUUUCUGUCUUGUGUAGCUUUUGAAUGACCUUGGGUUUGAUUUUUUUUUUUUUUACCCUCUACUAUGCCAAAUCGCACACAUGUACCUCCUGUUGGUUAUUAAUGCGGAAGCAUUAUAUGGCUCGUGAUGCAGAAAAUCCAGCUUUCUCAGCAUUAUGAUGACCCUGAUGGUCCAAAAAGUCAAGUGAGCCAAUGAAGGCAGUUAUGUCAACUAAGACAAAGUUUAUUAAGGCAGGUUUAAUUAAGCUAGAGUUCAUUAAGGUACUUGUACCCUUGACCUUUGGCGGGAGAACAACCCAUGACCGUUGGUGUUAAUUAAGGCAAAGUUAAAUUAAGCUGAAUGAAAGUGCAUAGGCAUCACAUGGUGGUCACAAUGCUUUCACAUUCAUCCACGUAGGGAUAACUAAGUGCCUCUUGAAUUUUUUUGUUUCACUUUUAACCAAUGCAACCUUGGCUGACAAAAGGCAGCAGUAUUGCAGGAUUAAAUAAAUUGAGUGCUCAACCUAUUCCAGGCUGUGGAGUCAAUCGCUUUGUGUUUCGAGUCAUAUCCCCACCCCACAGGCAUGCUUCAUAUGGCUCAGCAAAAGAAGUAUUCGUGAACGAAUACCAUUUUACGUAGCUAAAACCUCUCAUCGUGCCUGUAACAAAUAUUGCUCUAAUUCGGCACAAGUACGCGGUGCCAGAAAAUAAAAGAAAGGAAUGGCUAAGCUAUGCUGGAAGCACACGCACUUCGCCAACAUGCAGCCGGGCAGCCGAGCACUGUGCCUUAGCAUGAGGACUGCUUGCAGCACCACCGCCACCAUCAUUCAGAAACAGUCCUUGCUCCCAUUAGUGGAUGGCAGACUAGCCAAUAUUCUAGAGACCACAGUACCGUUCUCUUAAACCAAUUACCUGUCCGGGUCACACCUCCGCCGCUCAACUACGCUGCCACAAUGGCAAGGCCACCCCUGCCAUCAUA